GAGGACAUCGGCGACAUCGCCGGUCUUAAGGCAUCAUUCAAUGCAUUCAAUCGCAUAGUCACCCAAAACCUCAACAAAAUCUAUAACGACAUCAAACUAUUGCCAAACUUUUCGCAAUACACGCCACAGCAGCUAUUUUUCCUAUCAUACGCUCAGAAGUGGUGCCGUUAUAUAACCCCAAAUCAAGUGAGAGUUAAGAUCUUAAGGGGAGUCCACUCGCCCGAGAAGUACAGAGUGAACGGCGCUCUCUCCAACUUUGCUGACUUUUCCCAAGCGUUUGACUGUCCAGUAGGCAGUGCCAUGAAUCCAGGCGUCAAGUGCGAGAUGUGGUAG